CAUAGGGAAUUAGUCGAACUUUAGGAUAAUCGAUUACUCGCUCUUCCGCUCCGAAUUUAAAAGGUUGCCUGGGUGACGGCAGGAUAAACAAAUGCGAUCCGCGUUUUGUUCAGCUUGGAAAAAAAAGGCUUAAUUAGGUUAAAACGACUGAUGUAAAAAAAGUAUCAGUUCAAGAUGUGAAAUAUGUGAUUAAGCGUGUGUUUCAAUUAUUACCCUCUUUGUUUAAUAAACUAGUGGAACUUACGUUUGUCAACGUCAGCCACUUAGCGUCACUUAACUCAUGAUAGCGUGUCGCGAUGCCUUUGUUCUUCAAUAAGUUUUCCCCGAAGAAGACGCCGACCAGGAAGGCGUCCGUCUUCCUGGCAAAUAAAAAUCUAAGCCCCAAACGAAUAGAGAGGGAACUCGGGCCGGAAGUAGGCCCUAUACGCCUUCGCCUUGGAGAUCAGGAAGCAGUCUUUGAGGCUGGCCUGUGGAUUCCAGAGUCUGGCAAGGCGGGAGGUACCUUCAAAGAGAACGAGAAGUUGAAAAAGGAAGUGAGACGACUGGAGGAAGAAAACAACUUGUUGAAGCUAAAGUUUGACGUACUGUUGGACAUGCUAACGCAAACAACCGCCGAGGUCCACUCGCAGAAAGAAGAAUUGGAGAGAUUGAAAAAUAAUUUUUUUCACAACAAACGAGUCGCCGUUUAAUCUGUUAAAUUUUGAUAACUGCGC